AAUUGAAUGAGUGUAAAUGUAAAUUCAUCAAUUGCACUUUUGAAUUAAUUCAAAGUCUAAAGUGAUUGGUUUCUCACAUUAUUAUAAUGGCCGACCUCACGCGAACCAAUCACAAUGCUACAACUUUUACAAUCUACGUUAAUCACGUUAAUUCAUAACAGCGCAACGGCUCCGCCCCUUUUGCGCAAAACGUCAAAUUUGAUUUCUAACCUUCUUGACAUGUGUUUAUGACAUUUCCAUGCAUUUUUUAAAGAAGUACCAGAAAAUAGUUAAAUUCACCUGUUUAGCAACAUUUUCAUUAGGGGCAGGAUGGUUAUACUAUCAAGUGAAAACGACCAAAAAAAUCCUCAGCAAUGCCUUAGAUACCUCAAUAUUAUCAAUAGUCGAACCAACAGCUAUCGAAAAAGCCAAAGAUGAUGAUUUCUUCGUCAUUGACAUAACUGGGGACCCGAACCGCCAAGAAACAUCAUAUUUACAAAAAUGGAACGCUUUGAAGUUCUCAUUCGCCAAGCGAUUGCUAGUUCUCGCCAGUAGUGACAAUAGAUUUCUUCGGAAAAGGGCUGUGAGACAAUUAGCUAGGAUAAAAAAAUUAGAAACUUGGCAAUAUUCGCAACUCGCUGAUAUGAUUGAUGCUAGGACUGCGGUGGGACUCGCUAGAACACCCGGUGUUGAGCCUAGAUUAUUCAAUAACCCGCCCUUAAGAUUCCUCGGUCAUACACACGAUAUGAUUGUAGAUGUGAUGAAAAAUUUGUUAGUCAACUUACACGCAACGUCUCAACACCCUUGUAUGGGUUAUUUCAUCUCAAAGGCUUUUGUCGACUUGCAUGAAGUUGAAAAAUUUGGUGGUGACGACAUAACCCCCUACGAGUUGAAAAACUUCAUCCAAACUAGUGAAGAACUCCUACCAACAUGUCUAGAGUCACUUUUACACCACGCUAGUUUAGGGAAAUAUGCCAAAGACAUUGCCGAACUAAACGGUCUUCCUCUAUUAAUGGAAAUUCACAACCGGUUUAAAGAUAACAUUACCGUAACUGCAACUAUUUGUAGAAUAAUUUCGUACCUUUCAAUGCAUAAAGACCUACUUGACGAAAUGUACAAAUCAGGUUGGGUCGGGCUUUUGGCCCAAUGGGUUAAACACGACGACGUCCGAAUAUCAAUCCCCGCGUCUAAAGCACUUGCUAAUUUAGACAGUGAUGAAGACCCUGUAUACCUACAAAGACUCUACCCUUUGCACCCUUCAACGCGUAUUGUACAAACCCCUGGAGUUGAUGUCGUUUUUGUCCAUGGGUUACUAGGGGGUGUAUUUUUUACGUGGAGGCAAAGAAAACGUAACCAGGAUCCGUUGGGGUUCCUUGGUAAGAAGGGUGUCCCAGAAAGUCUAACACAGAAAAACUCAACUUGUAUCAACAAACAAUGCACAGAAAAGAAGAAAAAAAUCGAAACUAGUGAUCCUGUAAUGAGGGAAUUUAUGGAAGAGUUUGAAACUCAUGCUGCUUCUGGUUGUCUUUGCAACGAUUAUGAUUUCGUUUGGGAGGAUAUACCAGUGAAUACGAAUGAAACCGCCCUAGGGCCGUACUGUUGUUCGGGCUAUAAAUACGUCUGUAUGGAAAACAAUGAGGACGAUUGUUACACCAACUGCUGGCCUAGGGAUUGGUUAGCGCAAGAUUGUGACCGUUUGAGGAUCAUUGGAGUAAACUAUGAGACAAAUUUGUCAUUAUGGACACCUAUUUGUCCUGUCGAGAAAGUCAAAACUUUGGAAGAAAGAAGCGAUGAGUUGAUUGAGCAAUUGGAGAGGGUUGAAGUUGGAAGAAGACCGAUUGUGUGGGUGACACACUCAAUGGGUGGUUUAAUGGUAAAAUGUCUCCUAAAUAAAGCUUCUGAAAGUAGUGAUAAAAAAAUCAGGGAUUUGUACACAAACACAAGGGGAUUAGUUUUCUACAGCACACCUCAUUUCGGGUCAAGUGUGGCUAGUUUUAGUCAGGCAUCAGCCCUUGUGAUAUGGCCAAGUAUUGAAGUGCAAGAAUUACAAAAAAAUUCACCACUCUUGAUACAAAUACACCAAAAAUUUCUUAAACUGACUGAAAAUCAUCCAAUGAAAAUUGUGACUUUUGUAGAGACUAAACCAACUGUAGUGUCAGCAAUGAAAUUUAAAUUUUUUGUGGUAGAACCUGACUCUGGAAAUCCGGGAUAUGGAGAAUAUUACGAGAUACCUUUGGACCAUUUAGGAAUUUGUAAACCAGCAAGCAGACAUUCAUUUCUAUACCAAAAGGUGCUUCAUAUGAUUACAUCUAUUCUGGACAAUAAUGGGCCAGUGUAGACUUAUGUAAAUAAAACUUUUUAGAAUUAAAAUAUUCAAAAGCUUUUUAACAUUUUUCUAACCUAGAAAAGAUACAGUCCACUAAAAAUUCUUUUGUAAAGA